AUGGCUUACGUGGACUUUAUUCCAGCCGAGCAGAGGCUCUCUCGCUUCCCGUUCCCCGCAGGAACGACAUACAGAACCGACUUCGUCAAGCCGCAAAGCGGGCAGCAAGGGCCUGGCGGCAUACCACCUCCCAUCGGUCCGCCGGGCCAGGCCAACGGAACGAGGAUCGUCGGUCUUGCUCCACCGUCGGUGAACGGCUCGAUGGUGCGGCCUCGCCCGGCGACGCUGAGCUAUUGCCCGCGUUGUUUUGUCCCCUACAACGCCGCAGUCUUCCCUGCAUGUCCCUCAUGCUACCCGCACCACAACGUAGCUCAGUCUCUCCAUCAGCAGUCGCGCGGAGCGUCUGCUCCACGUCUCCAGCUCACGGAGCGCUCCCCUGGCGCCUUAUCUUCGUUGCACCACCACCUGGGCCCGCCGCUGCAGCCGUUCCAGGCGGAACACCUGCAGGCGUCUUCCUCCAGCUCUUGCGAGCGGUUCAUGAUGACCAACAUGCUCAACGUCGUCAACGACGUUCUGCGCGAUCGCGACAGUGAAGUAGAGGAGCACAUACUGCCGCCGCCACCGCUAGCAGGCCUGGCGUCACCGCUGGAGCAACCCCCCUUGCCUCCUCACUUCAAGUGCGAGAUCGAAUCGCUGCAUCCGUUUGGCGGUCUCCAGCCCGUCUGCUCAGCUCUCCCUCAGUCGACGACCAUGCCGCCAAGCAUGCCAGCAACAACCGCUGUGAUUCCGUCUUACCUGACCGGCCUCCCUGCCCUGCAGCCAAAGGCCAAUGUGUGUGCAGUGUGCCACAGUGACUACGUGGCCUUCUGCAUCGAGUGCCAGGACUUCCUCUGCGAGGCCUGCAUCGCCAUCCACCAGCAGGACCUGCUCUGCAAGGACCACCGCAUCGUUGACUCUCCGACUAAUUCGUGUGCUGGGAGUCGCAGAACGAGCCCACCAAACACUGCCUCGGCGCGAUCCCCAGUCGACCUGGAAGGCUUCGAUGACGUCCAACUCGCCAGUUGCAGCACUCACUCCGACGAGAAACUCUCCUUCUUUUGCAACUCGUGUGUAAAAGUAGUCUGCACGAGCUGCGUCAUAGACCAACACCCUCAUCACAAUUGCACGGCACUCAAGGAAGCUUACGGUCGCUUUAGGCCCAACAUCGAAGCAGUUCUUGGGAAAUCGCAAGUGGAGGUCAACAUGCUCGACCUCUCUCUCAAAGCGUCUGAGAAAAUGGCCGAGAGUGUAGCGACAAAGAAAAACGAAGCCAUUACUGAAGUUGAGAAAGUGUUCCAAGCACACCAUGAAGCCCUCGCUCAGCAAGAGAAGGAAGUCGUAGCUCAGGUAAACAGGAUCGCCGAACUUCGUCUCGAGUCACUUUCCACAGAGAGAGAAGACAUCCAGGAAACUCUGUUGUCGCUGAAACUUCUGAAUUCGGCUGCUGAAAACGCACUGUGCGAGGAAAACCGGGGAGAGAUGCUCGUCUCGCACGUGAAGUUGACGGAAAAGUUGCAAAACUCUCGCGUUUUUGGCCUCAGUCGAAAUCCCACGGAGGACGACAGCUUCAUGCUUAAAUCCAACGCAGCUGAAGCCCGAAAGGCACUAGGGAGCCUGUGUAAGCUCACCACUGCUCCCUAUCCACCGCUUUGCACAGCGAUGGGAGAAGGGCUCUACCACCCUAGGGUCAACCGACUGUGCACCGUCAUACUCUGCACCAAAGACAGACUCGGAGAACAGUGUGUCCACGGUGGGGAGCGUCUCUUCGUCCAGCUGAAAGCCGCUUCAAGUGGGGGAGGCCUUCUUCCAUUGGAUAUUCGUGACAACCAAGACGGUUCGUACUCGAUCAAUUUUCGUCCGCACAUGAAGGGGGAGCACCAGCUGGUGGUGGCAAUUCGUGGCCAGCACAUUUCGGGGAGUCCGUUCACUCUCCUGGUGGACGGAGGGAGGGAGUAUGGGAGGUUUGGAGUGGUGAGUCAGUGCUGGGGCAGCGAGGGAUCGGGAAACGGGCAGUUCUGUCGACCGUGGGGGAUCUGCUGCGACCAACAGGGGAACAUCAUCGUCGGUGAUCGCAGCAACCACCGUAUUCAAGUGUUUGACAGCAACGGGCAGCUAAAGUACAAGUUUGGUUCGGAGGGGAAUCGUCCUGGACAAUUCAACCGACCAGCCGGUGUCGCCGUUACUAGAGAGGGUCACGUUGUUGUAGCGGACAAAGACAACCACAGGAUCCAGGUCCUCAAGAUCGACGGAACCUUUCUCUUCAUGUUUGGUUCCAAGGGAGGGAACGACGGACAGAUGAUCUACCCUUACGAUGUCGCCGUCAACCACAUGGACGGCCGAAUCGCUAUCACGGACACGGGAAAUCACCGACUUCUCAUCUUCAGCCACAACGGCAUUCUCCUCGGCAAAUUUGGGUACAAGGGGUACCUUUGUGGUCACUUCGACUCACCACGCGGCAUAGCGUUCAACGACGACGGACACAUCAUUGUUUCUGACUUCAAUGUUCACCACAUUCUCGUAAUUCACCCCGAUGGGACUACAGCUCGUAUUCUCGGUAGUCAGGGGUCUGGAAAUGGACAGUUCAUGCGGCCACAGGGCGUCGCCGUUGACCACAUGGGAAAUUUUGUCAUCACCGACACGAGAAACAACCGCAUCGUCAUCAUGCACCCCAUGGGACACUUCAUUGCAAAGUUUGGCUCAUCUGGAACUGCACCCGGGCAGUUUGAUAGGCCCACGAGCGUCUGCGUGCUGCCUGAUGGGAGAAUCGCUGUGGUCGACUUUGGCAAUUCCCGCAUCCAGCUAUUUUGA